UUGAAAUGAUCUCAGCUGUUCCGGUUGCUGUGGCGUCAAGUGACGUAACAUCUUAUUUGAAGCGCUUUUUUCACGCUGUUCUCACGUGGAAAUCUAAACAUGGAGAUCUCCAUCGAAGAAAGCGUCAAUGGUAGCAAGGAUCAAGAUGAGACCAAAUCUGGAAUAGAAAAAAUGGAAGUGGACAAUAACAUUUUACCAUUUCAGCUGAAAGCUGAUCAGAGCUCCAGUGGUCAACUUGGACCAGCAGGAGAACUGUGCUCCAGUAAUCAGUCUAGACUGAUGGGAGAUCAGUGCACCAAUAUUCAGUUGGAACAGUCAGAAGAUCAGUGCACCAAUAUUCAGUUGGAACAGUCAGAAGAUCAGUGCGCUAGCGUUCAGUUGGAACAGUCAGAAGAUAAGUGCACCAAUAUUCAGUUGGAACAGUCAGAAGAUCAGUGCACCAGUGUUCAGUUGGAACAGUCAGAAGAUCAGUGCACCAAUAUUCAGUUGGAACAGUCAGAAGAUCAGUGCACCAGUGUUCAGUUGGAACAGACAGCAGAUCAGUGCGCUAGCGUUCAGUUGGAACAGACAGCAGAUCAGUGCGCCAGCGUUCAGUUGGAACAGACAGCAGAUCAGUGCAUCAAUAUUCAGUCUAAACAGUGCACCAGUCCUCAAUAUGGACUGACAGGGGAUCAGUGCACCAGUGUUCAGUUGGAACAGACGGGAGAUCAGUGCAUCAAUAUUCAGUCUAAACAGUGCACCAGUCCUCAAUAUGGACUGACAGGGGAUCAGUGCGCCAGCGUUCAGUUGGAACAGACAGCAGAUCAGUGCAUCAAUAUUCAGUCUAAACAGUGCACCAGUCCUCAAUAUGGACUGACAGGGGAUCAGUGCACCAGUGUUCAGUUGGAACAGACGGGAGAUCAGUGCACCAUCGUUCAGUCUAAACGGACGGAAGAUCAGUGCACUAGUAAUAAGUCUGGACCUGCAGAGACGCAUUGCAGAACUGUGGUUAGUCCACUCUCUGGCACUGGAUCCUUGGCUCUUCUGAGUAUGCAGUACAGAGGAAACAGCUCAGAUGACAACUGCUCAGACAGUGACACAGAUUCCUCAUCCUCCACAUCCACCUCUUCGUCAUCCUCAUCCUCUUCCUCCUCCGAGCCUUUAAUGGUGAAUCACACUGAAGAUGAAGGUGUUGCCAUAGGCCAUGGAAAGGGGCCAGCACCAGUGCAAAUCCAAGAUGGGCUACUUAUAGAGGACCUCCCUGCUGUGGAGAACCUGACCAUCAGCCUUCCAGGGGAUACAGAGAUAGAGCCCGCUGGAAGGAUAUCAAGCAUUUUAGAGCGAUUAGUGAUUGUGGAGUCAUUCAAGAACACACCACCAUUGAAUGAGGACAGUGUGUUAUUCAGCAAAGACCGAAAUUCUAUUGGAAAGGUUUUUGAAGUCUUUGGGCCGGUUUGUCAGCCCUACUACAUUUUGAGGUUCAAUUCCCAUGAAGACAUAGACCAGAAAGAUCUUAAAAUUCAAGACCUGGUUUACUGUGCACCAAAAAUCAAAGAUUUCACAGACUACAUCUUUACAGAGCAACUCAAAGAGACCAAAGGGUCAGAUGCAUCCUGGAAAAAUGAUCAGGAACCACCUCCUGAGGCACUAGACUUUAGCGACGAUGAGCAAGAGAGACUGGCCAAGCAGAAACUGAAAGAGCAAAAGAGACGACAACAGAAUGAUUCUAACUCAGAGGACGAGUCAGAUGUCCAUAAAGCUGUGCCGCCUCAAAAAUCUGCUCGGCGGAAACCCAGACAGAAUCGCAACGUUCCACAUGUGCAGCACCACAAUCGCGGCGGCGGUUUCCAUAGCGAUUAUCAUGCACACCCUUACUUUCCACAUUCUGAUUACAUGUACCCACCUUCAGAUCCACACCUGUUUCCAUUCCAGGGCCCAAUGUACCCACCCUAUCACAGACCACCGCCCUUUCACAUGGGCAUGCACCCUUGGCCCCCAGGGGCCAAUCAGGGCUAUAUGUUCCAGCCCCCACCACCACCAUCUAAUCGAUAAACCUGUGAUUUGAUUAUCUUCCAUUAGCACCCAAUGCCUAUCUUGCGCCCAAAGAAGGGAACACAAUAUUUGAAUACUAACAUAACUGUAUACACGUGUAUAGUAUGAUAAAGCAGUAUUGUAUAUUAAAAGAGUGGAAUUUCUCAUUUUCAAUGUCUUUUUCACUGUGUGUGUGAGUGUGAGAGAGAGAGAGAGAUUUUAGGUAUGAUUUAAGAAUUGCUUUGUGUUCAGUAUUCUAUUUUUGCAGUUAUUUUAUACAUUCAUUAUAUGAGCACCUCUUAUAAUGUUUAUAAACUCAGCAAAAAAAGAAACGUCCCUUUUUCAGGACACUGUAUUUCAAAGAUAAUUUUGUAGAAAUCCAAAUAACUUCACAGAUCUUUAUUGUAAAGGGUUUAAACAAUGUUUUCCAUGCUUGUUCAAUGAACCAUAAACAAUUAAUGAACAUGCACCUGUGGAACGGUCAUUAAGACACUAACAGCUAACAGACGGUAGGCAAUUAAGGUCACAGUUAUAAAAACUUAGGACACUAAAGAGACCUUUCCACUGGCUCUGAAAAACACCAAAAGAAAGAUGCCCAGGGUCUCUGCUCAUCUGUGUGAACGUGCCUUAGGCAUGCUGCAUGGAGGCAUGAGGACUGCAGAUGUAGCCAGGGCAAUAAAUUGCAAUGUCUGUAGUGUGAGACGCCUAAGACAGCGCUACAAGGUGACGGGAAGGACAGCUGAUCGUCCUCACAGUGGCAGACCAUGUGUAACAACACCUGCACAGGAUCGGUACAUCUGAAUAUCACACCUGUGGGACAGGUACAGGAUGGCAACAACAACUGCCUGAGUUACACCAGGAACGCACAAUUCCUCCAUCAGUGCACAGACUGUCUGCAAUGGAGUGAGAGAGGCUGGACUGAGGGCUUGAAGGCCUGUUGUAAGGCAGGUCAUUACCAGACAUCACCGGAAAUGGCGCCUAUGGGCACAAACUCACCUUUGCUGGAACAGACAGGACUGGCAAAAAGUGCUCUUUACUGACGAGUUGCAGUUUUGUCUCACCAGGGGUGAUGGUCGGACUCGCGUUUAUCGUCGAAGGAAUGAGCAUUACACCGAGGCCUGGACUCUGGAGCGGGAUCGAUUUGGAGGUGGGGGUCCGUCAUGGUCUGGGGAAGUGUGUCACAGCAUCAUCGGACUGAGCUUGUUGUCAUUGCAGGCAAUCUCAGUGCUGUGCGUUACAGGGAAAACAUCCUCCUCCCUCAUGUGGUACAUGACAUGACCCUCCAGCAUGACAAUGCCACCAACUGUACUGCUCGUUCUGUGUGUGAUUUCCUGCAAGACAGGAAUGUCAGUGUUCUGCCAUGGCCAGCGAAGAGCCCAGAUCUCAAUUCCAUUGAGCACGUCCGGGACCUGUUGGAUCGGAGGGUGAGGGCUAGGGCCAGGGCCAUUCCCCCCAGAAAUGUCCAGGAACUUGCAAGUGCCUUGGUGGAAGAGUGGGGUAACAUCUCACAGCAAGAACUGGCAAAUCUGAUCCAGUCCAUGAGGAGGAGAUGCACUGCAGUACUUAAUGCAGCUGGUGGCCACACCAGAUACUGACUGUUUCUUUUGACACAUUAUUCCAUUUCUGAUAGUCACAUGUCUGUGAAAGUUGUUCAGUUUAUGUACUAGUUGUUGAAUCUUUUUAUGUUCAUACAAAUAUUUACACAUGUCAAGUUUGCUGAAAAUAAAAGCAGUUGAAAGUGAGAGGACGUUUCUUUUUUUUGUCGAGUUUAUGAACUUUAAGGCCUGUACUCUAAAUUAUAUGUCAGCUCUUGUGUUAAAUUGAAUCUACAAAAACUGACCAAUUCUGUAACCUAUUCCAUGUGUCAUUUAUCUAUCUGUAUCUAAAUGUCUAGAAUAUAGCCUCAGUUCCCUGCCCUAUCCCAUGAACCCAAAUCCCAUACCCCUGUGUUGCUUUCUGUUCUGAUAUUCAGGACUUCUGUGGAUGCUCUCUUUCUGUGUUGUUUUAAAGCUGUAGAUUUGACCUCAGCAAGCCAAUCAUUGUGUCAAUGAGCAACACCUGCAGAUCGCGCACAUUCAGAACUUACUGGUGGAUGUGGCAACUCGUAGCUC